UUGUUUCCGCCUCUUUCUAUAACCAUUCAAACCUAGUCAAAAGACAUACAUACCAACGACAAUGUCGUAACCCAAUUCCACAUUUGAAUAGCGCAAAAUCUAAGAUAUAUGAGAUGGGGCGAGAAAUAGAAAACGAAAUGGAGCUGAGUUUGGAGCUAUCCAUCGGGGGUUGCUACGCGAAAUCAGAGAGCAAGACUACUAGUUUAGAAAGGGAAAAAGGGAGCCUCUCCGACGAAAUUGAUAAUGUUCAAAACGACGCCGCGGCGGAGAGUGGGUGCGAUCUGCAGAAGAGGAGAGAGAUGCAGGCGAUGAAGAGGAGGGAAGCUCGGAUUAAGAGGGAAUUCAAGAAAUCCAGAGGCAUGAUGAACGGCUUCCGCCAGGAUAAAGUGGAGGAGGAGAGAGAGAGAGAAGGAGCAGCGCCGGCACCCAAGAGAGAGAAGAGCUCUAACGCCUCUUCCUUCGGAGAAAACAAGGUUUCGUGGGGACCGAUCGGAAACGGCUUUGCAUGUCCCUCGGUGGGAGAGGGAGGUGACCAGAAUCACGGGCAACAGCCGCCGCCAAGUUCGUCGCAUCAUCGGAGCACAUCCCACAAAGGGGGAAGUAGUAGUGAUACCGGAAGCCACUCGAGUAGCUUUGGCACACACCAAAAUGACAAGGUCGAAAUAAACAACUCGUCAUCCGAUGCAGAGCCAGCACGCGUGUGUCAAGACCAGAGCACAAAGGCGUCCGCCAUUCAACGGCCACAGUCGGACACUACUUGCUCAACGACAGACAUGAUCAAGCCACCUCCGAAGGUCUCCAACCCUGGCCGAGAUGGGGCCGCUUCAACUCUGCAAAUGCCUUGCGUUUCCACCACAGGCAACGGCCCCAAUGGCCAGACCAUCACUGGAUUCUUGUACAAGUAUACGAAAUCUGAGGUGAGCAUCAUGUGCGUGUGCCAUGGCAGCUUCUUCUCGCCUGCCGAGUUUGUUGAGCACGCAGGAGGUGUCGACGUCACGCAUCCUCUCCGGCAUAUCACCAUCGUUCCCUCGGCCAUCCGGUGAAGCUAGUUUUCUUGAAUGUCUCUUGCUAGUUAAGUAGAAGGCUUAGACUCAUGAGAAUUUUCUUUUCCUACAUCACUUGUAGAACCAAAGGGUUCCAUUUGAUUAUCUUGACCAUCGUUUUUCGAACACGAAAUGGGACAGUACUAAAUAGGAUAGAGUAUGUUUGACCCCCUUGAAGUUAAUUUGUUAUGAGUGCUUUUUUUAG